AAGCAAGCUGUCUUAAUCAUGAUUUUCGAAGUUUUAAAUAAAUUGCUUCCAGCUGGAAUGCAACAAGGUGUGUCUGACUAUUCAGAAUUCACCCUUGAAGAAUUAACAGCCAUGUCCAUCUGGCAAAGAAUUGCUAUUCGUAAUUGGAGCUUGGAAAUCGUCACUGUUAGUUUCAUUUUCUCCUUUAUUGCCAUUUACAAGCUUGGUGAUUUGUACAACCAAUCCAAGGCCACUACUUUCUUAAAGGGCAUCUCACCAGUGUUGAAGAAACACUUUUAUCAAGUUGGUGUCACGGGUGACAAGCUUUACGUGAAGGACAGUGCUGAGAACUUCUCCAGUUAUGCUACUGGUCGUACCAACAUCGCCAAGGUUGACAUCAAGAUUAGUUUACAACCUAGACAAAACUUGUUUGUAUGGAUUUUGGAAUACGUGUUGGGCUUCUUUACCGGAUCAGUCAAGAUCCCUACUGACAAGGCUGAAAUUACCAUCACUCCCUCCGUACAGUAUGAUAAUUUUAUUGUCGCUAUUGUUUCCAAGUUGGGUAUGAACGAUGCCAGAAAGUUCAACUAUUUCUUAUCGUUAUGUAAGACCAACGAUUCUACCAAUUUACCAGAAUCAUUUGUUUACAUGAGCGAAGCCAACGAGUUCCAAGACAAGUUCAGCAUUCCUGAAUUGAACAAGGCCUUGACUUUGCAAAGUGCCAGUUUUGUCAAGUUUAUCGCCGCCACUGACCAACCGGUUGAACGUCCAGAAUCUUUACGUGAAAUGAUCCCACAAAGAAGAUUGGUUGUUUCCGUCGACAUUUCCAACAAGAAGGACGACUUAGCUCUUGUUCAGCAAGUCUUGGAAGCUUUGUUUGUGUUUGUUGAUCGUAUUGCUGACAAGUCCAUCACUUUCCGUCCAGAAGCAUUAAAGAAGGUUGUCAAGACCAGAGAAGUUGAAAUUGAAAAGCUCAAGAAGAUCCAAGAGGAAAUUCAACAGGAAAAAGUCGCUGAAGAAAAAGCCCAACAAAAGAGAGCCGAGCGUGACAGAUUGAGAAACUUGAGCAGAGAAGAGCAAAUCAAGUUGGAAAAGAAGGAGAUGGAAAAGAAGCAAAAGAAGUUGCAAAGAAAGCAAAAAGUUAGAAUGUAAAUCUGCUUAUUAUACUUUACCUGUUAAUCUAUAACCUCGCCCUACUGGGGUAUUAAACACUUCAAUAACACCCGAGCCUAGUGCAUCGGCAAUUAUCCAAUUGAGAUCAUAGCCGUAGAAUGGUUUUCUAAAGUUGUUCAUUUUCGACUCUCCCUGUAAGUUAACCCCCUCCCAUCUCUUAAACAACUGAUCCUCUACCAUCUCCUUGUGUUUGGCUUUAGUUAACAGUUUGACAAGCCACACUCUUCCUUGAUUUAUUAGCUUUAGAAAUGUGCCACAGUUGGGGUAUGCAAUAGAGUAAUGAUGCGAUUCAAUCUGGUUUAAAUGGUUGGAGGUAAGUGUUACCAAGCCAUGGUUGACUAGCACGGAAAGAUCUUCAUUGGUGAAUGUUUCCAGGAUGUUUAUGAAUAGUGACGUGGGGUUGCCUUUUACAUAUUGGUAGAACUUUGUCAAGGCUUCUUCCUUUGGAGAUGCCUGUAUAGCACCCUCAAUCAACUUGUAAUAGUUAUCCGUCUUGACAACAACUUCCACGUUUUCAAACCCAUAACUUACUUUUCCUAGUUGGAACUUUUGCAC